AGUAAACGUUUGCAAAAGUAGCGACUGACUUUCGAUCGAUCACCUUUGCCGGCGUGAACCUUGAUAACCUAUGUCGUCCGUCAACUCUUCCGAAGCUGCCCCUCUGACUCACUCUGAAGAGGUGCAGCCAUCAUACCAAAAGCAACUUCCAGUGGAGGGAGUGCCCAAUGUGGUUCUGAAUCACGCUCUACCAGCGUGGAAAGCUGGGAUCUGUGGCUGCUUCAGUUCUGGUGUCAACUCGUUCAUGUCUGCGUUUUGCCAAUGCUUCGUGCUGGCCCAAGUCGCGUCUCGCCUCGGCAACGUGUUUGGUGGGUAUGCGGGAGUGUUGAUAGGCGUGCUAGCGUUCACCGUCCUCGGCAACCUCUUCCGCGUUUACGCUGAACUGGACUGGUACUCCAUCCACACCCACGGACGCCCCGUGGACAUCUACCUCGAAGCGGAAGCCACGCGGUUCAACGUCGCCGCCACCUUCGCGGCCUUGGUCAUCGUCACGUUUGUCGCCUGGUUGCGCCACCGUGUCCGAUCGUUCUUUCGUAUUCCCGGCAGUCCCGCAGAAGACUGCUGCUGCGCUCUGUUUUGCCACUGCUGCACCGUCGCCCAAAUGUCCACCCAAGUGGAGGUGUAUGGUCCUGGACAGUGCUGCUCCGUGGGCCCCCGGGACACAUUGCCAGCGUAUUACGUGGCGGUGCCGCUGCAAUAGCUGGUCAUUGUCAGCAGCCAUACUGCAGUACGACGUAGUAGCACUAGCUUGCCAACCCAUUCAAAGGAAUCCAGUGGUGUGUUUUUUGCUAUACUACUCUAAUCGUUGAUGUGUACUGUGUUGUUUCUCCAAA